CAGCAUUCACAGCUGUCGGACGCGGUUUUUUUCCCUCCAAUCGGCAAAGUGCGAGAAACUCAGUUUAUUGCUUAUUACCUGUUGUGUAUAAUAUAUCAAUCAAUCGACUACCUCAACGACUUCAGCAGACCACUAAAAGUGCCUAUACUUAACUUAUUUUAGAGCCGUUGUAAAUUAUAAAACAUUCCAAUAUUUGGCGUGAUUACCAGAACUGGCUGCGGGAGCUUCAUUAAGUGAGAGUUGGUUGUUGGCUGUUGGAUUUGUUGGCUUUGUUUGAACGUUGGCAACAUCGUCUCCGUUAUGGAUUCACCUACACCGCCAAUUGUCAUCGAAGAUUCAAACGGUUCAGCAAUGGACGCCUGCUUCACGGCAUUCGACAAAGAUGGCGAUGACCGCCUCAAUCUGUCUGAGUUUUCGAUAAUAUGUCGGGCCCUGUUCCGGAAUGACAAGGGACAUAUCUACGACGUGCCGCCGGAACGCCUAGAGCAGAUAUUCGCCGUUUUCGAUACGAAUGGCGAUGGCUUCAUAGACCGGGAGGAGUUUAAAUUCUGCUGGAAUCAAUGGAUAAAAACGAUUGUGCGACCGGUGAACGCGUUCCUCAUUGUUGAUGUACAAAAUGAUUUUAUAAGUGGUUCCUUGGAUAUAAGUAAUUGCAGUGCACAGCAGCAAGGACACGAGAUACUGGAGCCUAUCAACAAGCUGCUGGAUACUGUGGACUUUGAUGCCGUCUUUUAUUCAUUGGACUGGCAUCCCAGCGAUCAUGUUUCAUUUAUUGAUAAUGUCAAAAUGCGUCCCAUGGACGAGUCCUCGGCGUUGGAUUCGGAUUCCGCCCAAGUCUUCGACACGGUUAUCUUUGCCGGUCCGCCGCCGAUGAAGCAGCGUCUAUGGCCCCGCCAUUGCGUCCAGGAUUCCUGGGGUGCUGAGCUGCACAAGGACCUCAAGGUGGUGGAUCACGGCAUCAAGGUGUACAAGGGAACCAAUCCGGAGGUAGACUCGUAUUCGGUGUUUUGGGACAACAAGAAGUUGUCGGAUACCACACUGAAUGCUCAGCUGAAGAUGAAGGGCGCCACGGACAUUUACGUGUGCGGUCUGGCCUAUGAUGUGUGUGUGGGUGCCACGGCUGUGGAUGCGCUGUCCGCCGGAUAUCGGACCAUACUCAUUGACGACUGCUGCCGAGGUACGGAUUUCCAUGACAUUGAGCACACAAAGGAGAAGGUAGUUACCAGUGACGGAGUCAUAGUUCAUACCGCAGAUGUCAAGGCCAUGGCCGAAGGUCGAGAUCGCCGUCCCGAGUUGGGCUACAAACUGGCCAUGGAGCUGAAGAGUCCCGACUCGGUUCUUUCGCAACGCAACGGCUUCAGACCCACAUAUUAAAUUCCACGGAGUACUUAAAAACAACAUCACGCUAGGCUUAUUUUCAUGGUGAAAAAAGACAAACGGCUUUCAUAUAGCUUAUGUUUAGAGCGAUUCAAUUAAUCUAGUUUAGAGCGAACACCUGUGAAGUGCCUUGUAGUUGGGCCAGCUUUUGCUAAAAACAUUCUAGAAUUGGUAAACUCUUUUUUAAGCCUGUUAUCCAUGUGGAUUUUACAUGACAUUAAAGUACUUAAAAACUCGAAACCCUAAACUUAAAGUGCAACACUCUUGCCCCAUACAA